GUAAAACAAGAUGGCGGCGCCCAUGAAGAAAACUGUCGAACUUUUCUAUGAUGUUGUUUCGCCAUAUACAUGGAUUGGUUUUGAAGUUUUGUGUCGAUACAGAACAAAAUGGCCAAAUAUGGAUCUGCAGCUGAAACCCUUCUUUCUGGGAGGAGUCAUGAAAGAAUCAGGAAACAAACCCCCUGCCAUGGUACCAAAUAAAGGUUCCUACAUGAUAAAAGACAUUCAGAGACUGGGAAAAUAUUAUGGAAUUCCACUGAAACAACCCAAGGAUUUUGCCAGUGUAAUGUUUGGUACACUUCCAGUACAAAGAUUCCUGACGGCGGUGGACAUGACCAAUCCAGAAUACACCGAGGAACUCUCCAGACAGUUCUGGUUCCGAAUUUGGAAAAAUGAUGAACCAGUAACUGAACCUCAGCAUUUUGCAGAGGCAGCUAAAAAAGCUGGAAUGAGUGAGGAUGAUAUAUCCUCAGCUCUAAAGAGAAUGAGUGAACCAGAUGUAAAGAACAGACUAACUCAGUACACAAAACAGGCAUUAGAUGAUGGGGCCUUUGGAAGCCCAUGGAUUAUUGCACACAUUAAUGGGAAAAAGGAAUCCGUCUUUGGGUCAGAUAGAUUUCCAAUAUUAGCCAUGUUAUUAGGCAAGAUUCCCAAGUCUCAUUUAUGGAAAGCCUCAUCUUCGCUAGCAAAGGGAGACGAUCCAAUUCACUCCUCUCCUCCAGAGGAAAGAGGAGUAGAUCAUCACCCUUGGCUAGCGGAGAUGGAGGAAGUCUUGAUAGAAUAG